AUGAAAAGCGAGCUCUUCGACGUCCUGGUUACUCUACCUGCGCCACAUACUAGAAACGCAGCCCAAAAAGUAUUCCCUAAAAUCUCCGUCUUGCCUAACCGAAGCGCGCAGCAUAACGCGUCUCAAGCAAUCUACCUGAAAGCCACACAGCGCGAUGCGCGACGCUACACCAUCCUGCGCAAGGGCUUACACCACAUCUCCCACGAUAACACUGCAUCUGGUGAAGAUGAGGACUCCGAUGCUGCAUCUACAUACUCAUCCAGUCCGGUCGUCGAGCCCCUGUCGUGGACACGCCUAGCCUACACAUCCUUCAUCUGGUGGGCAUCCGCAGGCGAGAAGCGUGACGGACUCACGGAAGAAGAGGAAGAAGAGCGCCAAAUUGAGCAAGACACGCGGCUCCUAGCCAGCUUGGAAGCCAUCCCCACCCCGCCCUCAGGAUCUCUUGGCCGCCAUUCCAUGCAAGCGGAGGACGCUUCGCAGCCUCCCGAAAUCGCACUGGUCUCCUACUUCCGUCGCCUGACGACCCAGCUCUUCGUUACGUUGUCGGACGUGAUUGCCCGUCAGGAUGGUAGAGACGGCGAACAGGAUGCAGACAUUGGCGCCCCGUACGAGGACGAAUCAGAGGAAGCGGAUGCCGAACCCUCCAUCUCCGUUGGCAGGGAAGUUUCGCAAGGAGACGACUCGAGACGGCCCUUACUGCCAUCUGGAGCCAAGUCUUCACCUGAGGAUGACGAGCUGGUGACUAUCACCUCCGAGGAUAUGACUGAGAUGGGCCUCGAUGUGUGGAGUGCUUCUGACCGCAUCUUUGUCGAGGAGCUGGUGCGGUCAUGGUGGGGUCGCAAAGCCUACGUUGAUACCGCACGCAUUAAGUGCUGUGGGAUUUCAAUCAUUUGA